AUGGAGCCAACACCAUCAAUAGAAAAGAAUGAUGAUAUUGAGCCCGAUGCAGAUCAAAUCGCAGCUAUGAUGGGUUUUGAGAACUUUGGUUCCAGUAAAGGUAAACAAGUUGAGGAUAAUGCAGAAGGAUAUGCCUCUAUUCGAAAAGAGCAUAGUUGGCGUCAAUAUAUGAAUCGCAAGGGCGGAUUCAACAGACCGCUGGACAAAAUCUAG